UCGCAGAAAGAGAGACGGGAACCUGAGGGAGAGAGCGAGCUCUAGAUGCGACGGGAAUGCAAGUUUUUUUUUUUUUAACCACUUGUCCCCAUCUUUUUUCACUCUUUUUACUCGUUUUCGCUCCCUCCUCGCGUGGACUCUCUGAGACGAAACUCUAACUUAAUGUGUUUGUUCGCUUGUUUUAUUUUUUUUUUGUCUUUAAAGAAAGGAUCUCCAACUGUAUCGCCGACGCUGAAACCAACCUCGUUUGUUUUGGAUUAGCCAGCUAACGCUAGCUCUCCUGAACUCCCAUCAGCCAACGUUAACCAAAGAAGAAGAAGAAGAAAUAAAGAAGAAGAAGAAGAAAUAAACGGUUUGCUGAGGAGCUUGGUUGUCUGAUAAAGAAGCCAGAGCCUCGCCCGCUCGGUUUUCUCCCGUUGGCUCUUUUUUUUUUAUUUAUUUUUUUUUUUUAUGGGUGUUGAUCCGUUUGCGGCGCGAGGGUGAAGGAGUUCAGAGGAAGGUCGCAGUGUUUAGGAGACAAGGAGGAAAACUGCACGUUUUUUUUUUUCCUGCUAAGAGUUUCCUGGGAUGUACCUCCAUCGGUCUUAAAACGCAGAAGCACUGAUUCUGAGGAGUACUCGACUUUUUAAACUUUAACAGGAAAACAACCCCCCCCCCCCCCGAUAAAUGCAUGACAGCGGGCCUUACUGAAGGGACCUCCGAACUAAAGGGAUUAUAAUUCCACAUUUCUUCCACAUUUAUUGGAUUAUCAACAGCAAUCAGAUGAACGGGGACUGUCGCCUUCACUUAUGGAAAAUGAUUUUCACUCGCACAUGUGCUGCCAGAACCCAAGAUCACGUCAUUUAGUGGCUUCGUUGCACAAUUUAUUUAAUUUUUAUUUUUUUUAAACCGGGUCUAGAAAAAGAAAAGAAAAAAAAACUUGGCUGUAUAAGAAAACUCACUUCUAGCUGAUAUCCCGGACACACAUUUCCCCCCCUGAGGACUGGAGUUCCUGGAAUCUUCAGAGGGAGAACUACUUCAGUCAAGAUGAGGUGGUUGACGCCAAAGCUGCGAGCACAAACGCUGUUUUUGAUCCUCUGUACCUGUAUUAUAUGCAAGUGUGGGCUCAUAAACGGUGAAAUUUGUCCGAGCAAGAACAUCCGGAACAACGUGAACAACCUCCGCUCGCUGGAGAACUGCACCAUCAUCGAGGGCCACCUGAAGAUCCUUCUCAUGUUCGGGGCCAAGGCAGAGGACUUCAAGGGCCUCAGCUUCCCAAAGUUGCGUGUGGUCACCGACUACGUACUGUUAUUUAGGGUCUACGGCCUGGAGACCCUCAGCAACCUCUUCCCAAACCUGACAGUGAUCCGCGGCAACAACCUCUUCUUCAACUAUGCCCUGGUGAUUUAUGAGAUGCUGCAGCUGAAGGAGGUGGGCUUGCACAGCCUCAUGAAUAUCACACGAGGCGCCGUGAGAAUAGAGAAGAAUCCGGACCUGUGCUACCUGGCCACUCUGGACUGGUCCAUGAUCCUGGACUCUGUGGAGGACAACUUCAUCGUGGCCAAUAAGAACGAGCGAGAGUGCGGAGACGUGUGUCCUGGCAUAGCGCAGGGCCAGCCCAAAUGCACUCAGACCACCAUCAACGGCAACUUCAGGGGGAGAUGCUGGUCGCAGAGCCAUUGUCAGAAAACAUGCGAUAACUGUAAAAACGGCGCGUGCAGCAGUAAGGGCCAGUGCUGCCACGACCAGUGCCUGGGGGGCUGUUUGGAGCCGGGAAACGCCACCAGCUGUGUGGCCUGCAGGAACCUCCAGCAUGGAAAUGUGUGUGUGGACAAAUGCCCUCCUGGAUACUACGUCUUCCAAGGCUGGCGCUGCGUCAGCUUCUCUUUCUGCCAGGACCUCCAUUAUCAGUGCAAGAAAUCUAAAGAUGUGGAUGCCAGCUGCCACGAGUACGUCAUCCACAACGGAACCUGCAUUCAGGAGUGUCCUUCUGGAUACAGCAGCAAUUCCUCUACGUAAGUCUGGGUCACCAGUGACACACAUACAAACAAGCCACCAUCAACACAAGAGAAAACAAAUUUGUGGUUGUUUAAGAACACCAUAAUAUUUGUGGACAAAUGUGCAAAUACGCCGCUGAGUAGAGAGAUCUUCUACUUGAGUAAAGACUUAAUUUUCUCUUCUUUCUAGGAAUUUAAUCAUUCAGUUCUCCCCAUCAAGAAAACUAAUGGUUGUAUUCAGGCUGGAGUUUGGUUAAUGAUGAAAACAAACAAGCACCUCAUGUGGCUUUGGUAACCUGUUAGAACAGAGCUGCUCCUAUCAAAGGGAAUGUCUCAAAGUAGUCACAUUCCAGCUAAAAGUUCAGUUUUAUGAGUCACAAAAUACACUGCAUACCAUUUGACUUAACAAACCGUAGUAUUAGACUGAGAUCACCCAAUAUGGAGUUUCUGUUCAUGGAU